GCGGCCGUCGCCAUUUUAGCGUUUUGUCAGUAGCGUCCGCGCCGCGAGGGAGAGCGCUUGCAGGUUUCCGCGUGCGGGCUGUUGUCAGGAUGGUGAAGCUGUUCAUCGGAAACCUGCCCCGGGAGGCCACAGAGCAGGAGAUCCGCUCACUCUUUGAGCAGUACGGGAAGGUGCUGGAAUGUGACAUCAUUAAGAACUACGGCUUUGUGCACAUAGAGGACAAGACGGCGGCCGAGGAUGCCAUACGCAACCUGCACCAUUACAAGCUGCACGGGGUGAACAUCAACGUGGAAGCCAGCAAGAAUAAGAGCAAAGCUUCAACCAAGUUACACGUGGGCAACAUCAGUCCCACUUGCACCAACCAAGAGCUUCGGGCCAAGUUUGAGGAGUAUGGUCCUGUCAUCGAAUGUGACAUCGUGAAGGAUUAUGCCUUCGUACACAUGGAGCGGGCAGAGGAUGCGGUUGAGGCCAUCAGGGGCCUUGACAACACAGAGUUUCAAGGCAAACGAAUGCACGUGCAGUUGUCCACCAGCCGGCUUAGAACCGCGCCCGGGAUGGGAGACCAGAGCGGCUGCUAUCGGUGCGGGAAAGAGGGGCACUGGUCCAAAGAGUGUCCGAUAGAUCGUUCAGGCCGCGUGGCAGACUUUACCGAGCAGUAUAAUGAGCAAUAUGGAGCAGUGCGUACGCCUUACACCAUGAGCUAUGGGGAUUCGUUGUAUUACAACAACGCGUACGGAGCGCUCGAUGCCUACUACAAGCGCUGCCGCGCCGCCCGGUCCUAUGAGGCAGUGGCGGCUGCAGCUGCCUCCGCGUAUGAUUACGCAGAGCAGACCUUGUCCCAGCUGCCACAAGUCCAGAACACAGCCAUGACCAGUCACCUCACCUCCACCUCUCUCAAUCCCUACGAUAGACAUCUGUUGCCGACCUCAGGAGCUGCUGCUGCCUCAGCUGCUGCUGCAGCAGCAGCUGCUGCUGCUGUUACUGCAGCUUCCUCUUCAUAUUACGGGCGGGAUCGGAGCCCCCUGCGUCGCGCUACAGCCCCAGUCCCCACUGUUGGAGAGGGCUACGGUUACGGGCAUGAGAGCGCGUUGUCCCAAGCUUCGGCAGCCGCGCGGAAUUCCCUGUACGACAUGGCUCGGUAUGAGCGGGAGCAGUAUGCGGAUCGGGCGCGGUACUCAGCCUUUUAAAGCUUGAGGUGAGAGCUGUGGGAUCUCCCCGUUCUAGUUUGCUAUCCCUCCUGCAACCUAAGGGCUCCCGUUAGGCUGCCCUGCUUGCUUGCUUUUGCGGGGUUAGGGUGAGGUUACUAGCUUGGUUCAGAGGCUAAGGAGAAGUCAUAACUGCCUAAUUUUUUGAGAUAUAUAAAAAUUCUUGGCCCUCAUGGCCAUUUUUCCAGGGCUCCUGGUAGUAGGAGUUGAUCUGAUUCGAUUUGUGCCUGGAAAAACAAAACAAAACCAGGAAUGGUGUGCUGUAAUUGAACUGAACCUGGGACCCAGGCAUUUAGACUCAGGUGUGCUGUUUCUCAGAACCUUUGUUGAGAUUCCUAGGUGUGCAGUAUUACUGAGGUCUCCGUUUCCUGUUCUACUUCUUGCUAUGUGAACGGUCUCGUUUGACCUGUAAUGAAAAAAUACAUACCUGUAGUUAACUGGUCAUCACUGCUUAGGUCCCAGUUGCUAUGAAGACUCCCAAAAUGACAUCAUCUUAUUCUUGGAGAGUACUGACAUUUCUGAAUAGUUCAGUCUCUGUGAGGUUUGUAGAAAGAACUUAUUUGAUGGUAAGUUGGGGUAGAGAGGAGUAGAAAAAGUAUCUUUUAUAAAACUGAGUUCAAUAAGACUGUAGAACCCAACUUCUCUGCUCAGCUCAGAUUCAUUCCCUGAAUAGAGUCCUACCCCAUUGCUGUAUCAUCACAUCUGUCCCUUAAGAAUCUGUUAAGGGUUCAAUCUGAGUUCAGCUUUUUUUUUCCCCUUCAAACUUCCCACAGUGCUACUAGAUUUGACAUCCUCUCUAGUUCUUCAAGGUAUAUGGUGAUUAAAAUGAAUAAUGCACACACACCUGUUAACUUUUAUUCUUUUUGAUAAGGUUGAAAUCAGGGUUGGGAGCUUUGCCUUAAGCAGAUCACUCCCUUCAUCUUCCCAUUAGUCACUAACGGGCGUUUAAUACUCUUGAACCACCAGCUCUACCUUGAGUCCUCUGGCUUUUCCUCUGCCAUAUAUUUUGAGCCUCAUGGUCCAUUUGGCUCUACUUGAAUAUACUCUCUUCUGUUGCUUGCCAGCUUUGGGCUCUAGGUGUUUGAGAUUGCUAUUGUACUAAAGGAGGAUUCUCAAUGCCCUUUGUUUUGAGUAGCCCCCGUUGUGACCCAGACAUUGCCAUUUAUCCUUUAUCCUGUAAUAACAGGGUGGGUGAUAGUCUGUCAUCUUUUCAAGUAGGACAGAGUAUGGCCAUUGGAUAUAAAAUCACUGACUGGGCUAGGAAAAACAAACUUGAAUGACUUGUUGUGUAGCUUACACAUGCCUUCCAGUACCUUCUUUCAAAAGUUACUAUUUUCCUUAGGCAGAGUUAGAUGCCCUGUGGUCUUACAACUUGUUCAGUUACAACUUUUGCCCAGAACUUGAAUGAUUUUUAAUUUAGACCUUGGUAGUAACCCCCAGAUUAAAACAUACUGUUGACUUUUUACACCAGAGAGCUUAACUGGAACUUUUCUCUCUUUUCCUCGGAUGACAAUUGUGAUGUUGAACUACCUUCUGAGAAGUGCUAAUGUUAACACCAAGACCAAUGGAGGCAAAGAAGUUUCUGAAAGAAGAUUUGCUAUUUAAUUAGAGAAAGGCCCCAGUCUGGGAUUGCCUAACCUUCCCAGUUACUCUGGCCUUCAAGCUUUUUUCCAUUUUUGGAGGUUAUUGUGAUACUAGGGAUGGGUGUAAGUAAACUUCAUAGGAGUGUCAAGUUACCAGAUUUUGUAAAGAUAUUCUCUGAAGUUUUGAGUGAGAAAGCCCUUUUGAGCUCUGCUGUAAAGCCCCUGU